ACCCACUUGCGCAUGCGUCUUGCAGUUUGAGUGGCUCACACGUGGGUGCAGAGGUCCAGCCAUCCUUCCAUCCAUUCAGUCAGUCAGUCAAUCAGUGUGCAGACCGCAGCUAACUCAGCCGCUUUCAGUCUGUCCUGCAGGAGCAGAAGUUACUCCGGGACUCCAGCAGAGACCAGGUUUGAUCCCAGACAGCGUAACUGCUGCUGCACUCAUGGCUGUCGUGAGGUUCUACAGUAAUGAAGCUCUGAAAAGUCGGGCCUUACAAAGGGCAGCAAAGCUCUACCCACAUCUGUUAGUCACGACCGAGCUGUGCUACAAUGUGGAACUGACAGGCUGCGAGAGUCUCAGCGAUGAGCAGAAGGGGGUUCUACUCUGGUUGUUUCGUCAUCCUCUGCACGCAGAGCCGCUGUCUGAGAAACCAAACCUCACAGAGGGCAGUGGGGAGAAACUGGUGGAGAUCGGGCCCAGGUUGAACUUCUCCACUGCCUGGUCCACUAACGCUGUGUCCAUCUGCCAGAGUGCCGGUCUCACUAAUGUCACCCGAGUUGAGCUGUCGCGCAGGUUUCUCAUCAAGCCCAAGACGGAGCAGAGUGUGAGUGAAAUCAGUGGAGAUGUAAAGAAGCUGAUUGAGUGUCUGUAUGACAGCAUGACGGAGUGCAUCUAUCAACACCCCAUCACCUCCUUCACUGUGGAAACAGAACCUCAGGCGGUGUUCGACGUGGACAUCCUGGGGAAGGGUCGCGCAGCCUUGGAGAGCGCUAACGAUGAGCUGGGCUUGGCCUUUGACUCCUGGGAUCUGGACUACUACACAUCGAUGUUCCAGAGGAUUGAAAGGAACCCCACCAGUGUGGAAUGUUUUGACCUGGCCCAGUCCAAUAGUGAGCACAGUCGUCACUGGUUCUUCCGGGGGCGGAUGGUGAUCGACGGGAAGGAGCAGAAGGAGACUCUUUUCAGCCUCAUAAUGGACACGCAGCGGCACAGCAACCAGAACAACGUCAUCAAGUUCUGCGACAACAGCAGUGGCAUCAAAGGCAUGGAGCUUGAGUUCAUUUACCCAAAAGACCCAUCCCAAGCGAGCCCGUAUGAGACUCGGCGCUCACUAAGACAUGUCAUCUUCACAGCAGAGACGCACAACUUCCCGACUGGUGUAUCACCGUUCAGCGGGGCAACAACAGGGACUGGUGGUCGUAUCAGAGAUGUCCAGAGUGCCGGACGAGGAGGCCACGUCAUUGCUGGCACUGCAGGAUACUGCUUCGGGAACCUGCACAUACCAGGAUAUGAUCUCCCAUGGGAGUGUAAAGGAGAGGGAUGGGAGUAUCCCUCCACCUUUGCCCUUCCUCUGCAGGUGGCCAUUGAGGCCAGCGAUGGAGCUUCGGACUACGGCAACAAGUUUGGAGAACCUGUCCUCUCAGGCUUUGCUCGUUCCUUCGGCAUGCGGCUGGCUAAUGGGGAGCGACGGGAGUGGAUUAAGCCGAUCAUGUUCAGUGGUGGUCUCGGUUCUAUCGAAGAUCUACACGUGAAGAAAGAAGUGCCAGAGCCUGGAAUGGAGGUGGUGAAGAUCGGGGGGCCUGUGUACAGGAUCGGUGUAGGAGGAGGAGCAGCCUCUUCUGUUCAAGUCCAGGGGGACAACUCCAGCGACAGGGAUCUGGGUGCUGUCCAGAGGGGAGAUGCUGAGAUGGAGCAAAAGAUGAACCGUGCUCUCAGGGCAUGCCUGGAAAGAAGUGGCGGAAAUCCAAUCUGCAGUAUACAUGAUCAGGGGGCAGGAGGAAAUGGUAAUGUGCUCAAGGAGCUCAGUGAGCCAGCAGGAGCUGUGAUAUACUGCAGUAGAUUCAAGAAAGGUGACCCCACACUGAGUGUGCUGGAGCUUUGGGGGGCUGAGUAUCAGGAGAGCAAUGCCCUCCUGCUGCAGCCAUCAGAUCGGUCCUUCCUGGAGAGGGUGUGUCAAAGGGAGAAGUGUCCUGUUGACUUUGUGGGAAACAUCACAGGAGACGGCAAGAUUGUGCUGGUCCGUGACGAGGGAGGAAGUGGCGAUGAGGCAGACAGCGGGCGUUGUCCUGUGAACUUGCAGCUGGAGUGGGUUCUGGGAAAAAUGCCGCAGAAGGAGUUUAAGAUGGAGUCACUGGCCCUGAAUCAUCAAACACUGAGUCUUCCUGCUGGGCUGACUGUCAAAGAUGCUCUGCACAGAGUUUUACGUUUGCCUGCUGUGGCGUCCAAACGCUACCUGACCAACAAGGUGGACCGGUCUGUGACUGGGUUGGUUGCCCAGCAACAGUGUGUCGGCCCUCUUCACACCCCAUUGGCCGAUGUGGCUGUUGUUGCUCUAUCACCUUUCAGCCUAGGAGGAGCAGCAACAGCCAUUGGGGAGCAGCCAAUUAAAGGGCUGGUGUGUCCUGCAGCAGGGGCUCGCAUGGCUGUGGGUGAGGCUCUGACCAAUCUGGUGUUUGCAAGCGUAACAGAACUAAAGGAUGUGAAGUGCAGUGGUAACUGGAUGUGGGCUGCUAAGCUGCCUGGAGAGGGGGCAUGCCUGUGGGAAGCCUGCCAAGCCAUGUGUGCAGUCAUGGGUCAGCUGGGAGUGGCCAUCGAUGGAGGCAAGGACUCUCUGAGCAUGGCUGCUAGAGUUGGAAAAGAGACGGUCAAAGCUCCAGGUGCUCUUGUUAUUUCAGCAUAUGCUGUUUGCCCUGACAUCACUGCUACUGUGACGCCUGAUCUCGAGGAUCCAGAUGGCAAAGGCGUGUUGUUGUGGGUUCCUCUCAGUCCAGGCCGUCAUCGUCUAGGAGGCUCUGCCCUGGCUCAGUGCUACAGCCAGCUGGGAGACUGCUCUCCUGACCUGGACCAGCCAGAACUAUUGACAGCCUGUUUCAACACCACUCAGAAACUCAUACACGAUCGCCUGCUGAGUGCAGGUCAUGACAUCAGUGACGGAGGCCUUCUUACCUGCUUGCUAGAGAUGGCGUUUGCAGGAAACCGUGGGAUUGAUGUUGAAUUGACUUCACAAGGAGCUGGAGUCAUGGAGCUGUUGUUCAGCGAGGAGCUGGGUUUGGUUCUGGAGGUUUCUCAGUCAGAUUUAGAAACUGUGUGUCAAAGAUACAGCGAUGCAGGCGUCCAGUGCCUUCAUAUCGGCAGAACAUGUGGCUUUGGACCAGAAGCCAUGAUCAGGGUCCGUGUAGAUGGAAAGGAGGUGCUGAGGGAGCUGCUGCCUGACCUCAGAGCAAUGUGGGAGGACACGAGUUUCCAGCUGGAGCGUCUCCAAGCCAAUGAGCUGUAUAUUAAACAGGAGGAGGAGGGGCUAUCAAAGAGGACACAGCCAUACUUUAAACUGACCUUUAACCCCUCUGAAAUGCCCACCAUCAGCCAACCUGCACGUGUUGCUGUGGUCAGAGAGGAGGGCAGUAAUGGAGAUCGAGAGAUGUCUGUCUCUCUGUACAUGGCGGGCUUUGAGGUUUGGGAUGUCACCAUGCAGGACCUGUGCACUGGCUCAGUAACCCUGGACCCUUUCAAAGCAGUUGUCUUUGUUGGUGGUUUCAGCUAUGCAGACGUCCUGGGAUCAGCUAAAGGUUGGGCAGCUACUGUUGCCUACAACCCCAAAGCCAAGGCUGAAUUUGAUCGUUUCCGACAACGUGAGGAUACAGUGAGUCUGGGCGUAUGUAAUGGCUGUCAGCUGCUCGCCUUGCUGGGCUGGGUGGGAGAGAGCGAGGAAGGAGUGGAAUCUGAAGUGGUGCUGAGUCACAAUAAGUCAGGCAGGUUUGAGUCGCGUUUUGUCAGCGUUGGGAUCCAGGACUCUCCAUCCAUCUGGCUGAGAGGCAUGGAGGGCUCAGCGCUGGGAGUCUGGGUUGCACAUGGAGAAGGUCUUGUGCAAUUCCGUAGCUCUCGGGCUCUGGACCUGAUUAUUUCUGGUGGACUAGCCCCCCUCCGUUACCUUGACGACCAGGGUCAUCCCACUGAAGAGUACCCUCUCAACCCUAACGGCUCACCGCAGGGUAUCGCAGGACUCUGCUCCAGGGAUGGCAGACACCUGGCCAUGAUGCCCCACCCGGAGCGCUGCACCCUGAGCUGGCAGUGGCCCUGGGCCCCAAGGGACUUCAGACCUUCUCUCACACCUUCACCCUGGCUGCGUAUGUUCAAGAACGCAGCUUCUUGGUGCAGCAAUCAAGAGUGAUAUUCCUCCAUUAACAUGUUUCUAGUGCUGUCAAAGUAGGGUGUCAACUAAAACUGCCAUGUCUGUUUACGUUUUGUUGCCCAGCUUUUUACUUACUGGGGUACGCUGGUGUUUAUGCAUUAUUACUGCCUGUUAUACUUUAUUGACUUAUGGAUUAAACAUGAAUUUCAUAGGUUUAAUCUGCAUAUUGUACAAAACUGCAGGUCUGCUGUUAUUAGUGUUGGUCUGCUGAAACAUCCACUACUGAACUUGCUAACAAUAAAUGAUUUAAUUCCUGGAAAAACGUGGUGUUGUGUGACAUG